CUCGAUUGGCGUGAAAUUUGUGAUGGAAAAAUGGAUUGUAUAAGUGGAGAAGAUGAACAAUGGUGUGAUCAACUAGAAAUGACUAAAUGUAGUGAUAAUGAAUAUCGAUGUCAUUAUGGUGGUCAAUGCAUUUCAUUGAAUUUUUACAAAGACAGUAGACUUAGUAUUGAUUGUCUAGAUGGGAGUGAUGAACAAGACUAUUUUAUGCAUUUUGCUUCGUUGGUCAAUGCACAUUGCACAAAUGUUCAAACAUUUCGAUGCCAAGAACGUACUGGUCGAUAUCCAUUGUCUUUUCAAUGCGGUGAUGGGCAAUAUUCGCUUUUCUUUGGUGUACCUAGUCGGAUAAGUAUUUGUUCGAAUAAUCGAGAUAUAGCAUUAUCUCGUGCCAUUCUUACUUCAUUCAAUCAUAUCUCAAACAUUGAUUGCCGAGAAGCAUUUUUUUGUGCUCUUUACUCCAAUCGAACACGAGAUACAGGUAAGAAUGCGGCAAAAAGAAGCAGAUAUCGUUAA